UUUCCGCGCCUCGCAAUUCAUUUCUCAGCCUCCCCACCACUCUCCCAACUCCAAACACCAUCCUACCACGCAGCCACGAAACCAUACAACACACACACCAUGUCUACGCGCGAAGCCUACGUCCCCCCCACCGCCGGCGGCGGGCUCCCCAUCGCAGGCCGCGACCAGGGAUACACUGCUGCUAGUGAGGGACCAGCUAUCAACUACCUUUGUGGCGACUGUAAUAGCCGCGUGCCGCUCAAGCGUGGGGAUCCGAUUAGAUGCAAGGAAUGUGGCCACAGAGUUUUGUAUAAGGAGAGGACGAAGAGGAUGGUGCAGUUUGAGGCGAGAUGAUGGGAAGAAGGAUGGAAGAUGAUGGGGGAAAAAUACUUCGACUUAGGCCGCAGGAAGGAGGGGAUGUGUGAACGGGGGGGAAGGGAAAAACGGGGUGGCGGUAUUAUGAAGGCAUGCAUGGGACGGAGUACGGGUGCGGGCGUUUUGAGAUGUGGCGGUUCUGAGCAGACUACACAGUGAAGCUCUCCCAAAUGCAACAAGAUCGAGAUUUCUCUCUGAAUCAUGGCUAUUUACCUUACAUGAGCAACUCUACCAUGGAUGUGGUGGAUGCGAGUCGGUUUAGGGACCUGUGAACUGUUGAUUGUGCAUUAGCCUGACUCUGGUCGGAGGACUCCUACUACUGGAGUUAUAGCCAGCACGACUGGAAACUGCACUACAAUCGCCACACAGUCAUUACGGAUGAUACGCUGGU